AUGCCUUCUUCGCGUUUAACAGCCGAUCAAGAUCUAGCUAGUAAAUUGUCAGAGGAACUCAAAUUUGAAAAAGCAGAAAACUUUGAUACCGCGUUUAUUAAGAAUUUUACGGAAAAUAAUAGUUUCAAGAUCGAAGAUAAACCAGAUUCCAACACCGUUACUCUGACUCGAACGUUUGGCAACGAGCGGAUAAGGGUCACGUUCGAUAUUACCAAUCCUGAUUUCGAAGGAGACCCUGAUGAUUAUGCUGAAAAACCCGAAAAUGACGAAGAAGAGCCUCAACAGUCGUCAGACGAAGCGGCUAUUCGCUUCAUAAAGCUGCCUUACCGUUGUUCUGUAACAAUCGAAAAGGACAACAAGGGCGUGUUGGCCUUUGAUCUCGUACUAGAGGAAGGUACUGCUAUUUUAGAACAUGUCGCAUACUUUGCAGACGCAAGCCUUAUAGACGGGACUUCAUCUGAAUCUGAGUGGAAGAGACGAUCUCUUUAUAGUGGACCAACAUAUGAGACACUGGAUGAUGACAUCCAAAGGCUCUUUGAAGAAUACUUGAAGGAACGCGGAAUUAAUGAGUCGUUGGCGAUAUUUGUCCCAACCUACGCAGAAUAUAAAGAACAACAAGAAUAUGUGAAAUGGAUGGAGAACGUACACAAAUUUAUUACUGGCUAA